AUGUCUCCGCCAUUUCGCCUAGCAAUUCCCAUCCCUACGCCGCUGCCAGGGAUCGACAGCAGCGCCAAUGCUCUCGUAUCGGCUCUACAGCGUCGAAGAAACGGAAGGAAUCCAUCAGAGCAGAAAACGGUACAGAUCAUAGGCUAUGUGCUCGCUGCCCUUGUCGGCCUCGUCGUGCUCGUCAUUCUCUUUCGUUUCUUCUAUAUCAGGCGCCGCCGUGCCGCCCACAACUACCAUCCGGCGCAUCGCGACGAUGACUCGCCUACUACUCGUCAAAUCAACCGACAUAACCAAGACAAUUUGGAAGACGCAUUAACAGAGGCCCAGGCGCGAGACGGGAGCGGGCAAGCAGUAAACGGGGAUGCCGGGGUAGAUCGAACGACCUCGGUCCGUAGCGUCAUGACGCUCCCUGUGUACCGACCAAAAGCGACCGAAAACGAGCAGGUGAUUGGUGUCGAAGGGGAGCGCGACGGGAUCGACGUUGUGGUGGAGAUGCCCACGGCCGAGCUGGAGGAAGCGCUGCGCGACGAGGAAAUGGAGGCUCUUUACCGGAUUCGGGCCGCCCGGCGCCGCCAGAUUGCCGACCGCGAGGAGAGACGCCGUCUUCGCCGCGAGGCGCGCGAGGCAAACGACGUGGUGGCACUGCGAGAGCUCCGUGACCGCGCACGCGAGCGCGCAAACCAAAACGUGGCCGAAAUUGAAGCACUGCGCCAAGAGCACGAACGCAUCCGAGAAACCCGACAGCGCGCCGUCAGCAGCGUGUCGUACGCCGAUCUGGGCAUUGCCCGCGCCGACGGGACCCGCAUCCGCGCCAACAGCACCGAAAGCACCGAGCGCAUCGGCCUACUCAGCGACGCAGCAAGCAUGGACGGUAGCAGCCUGUUUCAGCGCCGCGACCGGAGCGCAAGCGCGAGCCUCAGCAUCGACACAGCCCGCAGCCUGCACAGAUCUGAGAGCCCCGCCCUUACCGUUGGCGGCGGCGCAAGUCCGUACACGCUUGUUACAGGAGGAGGGCGGACUCCCAACCGCUCAAGAGCCAGCUCGGCCGCGACCACCCCGCGUGCCGGGUCCAGCCCGGAGAUGAUCGACGCCGAGGACGCUGCCUCGGCCGACCUGGGCCUGGGCGGCGCGGGCUUCCCGCCUCCGCCGGGAUACGACGAGGUCAGUCUCGGCGAGCUAACGCCCAUGCAUUCCCGCCGCAACUCCAUCGUGUCGGCCGUCUCAGCCUUAUCCGGAGGAGCCAGCCGGAGCGCCAGCCCUUACCCAGAGCCGCCGCCUGAAUAUCCCGGUCCGAGUCCCGUCCCGAGCCCCGGGCUCUCCCCUGGCGGGCCGGCCCAAACGAGGAAUAACAGGCUGUCGGCGCACAUGGAGGACCUGGCUGCGCAGGUACAAACGCAGACGCGGGCCGAGGAGCAAUCAGGGAGCAGCAGGACAAGGCCACAGGGCGGCGUGCCAAGACUGCCCAGUCUGAGGAUGCACCAGGUGCCCCAGAUUGUGAUUGAGCCUUCAAGUGCGAGACCUUGA